CGCUUUACGGCAGAGCGUGGUGCUGGUGCUGGAGGUCAGAGUGUUGACGAGGAGGCGAGCUCGGUAAUCUGUAACGAAAAUCCUGUUUUCCCACCUGGAAAACUCACUUAGGAAUCAAAAUACACGUUAACAGGACAGCGACUGUUGGUGUCGGUGAAUCCGGCAGCUCGUCGUUGAUUAGUUUGUCUUGUAUUUUUAGAAUUUCGACAGAACUAACUAGCUAGCGCUUGCUAACAUUAGCCAGGUCGGCUCGGCUAGCACCUUUCCAUACGGCUCCUGUAUUCACCAGACCCCUCGCUUCCCCUACAGCCAUGGACAACUCACAAGGAUCAGGAGGAACGAAAGGGGGUUUCGGGAGUCUCUUUGGAGGAGGUGCACCUGAAUACUCCAACACAGAGCUCGCCGGUGUUCCCUUGACUGGAAUGAGCCCUCUGUCCCCUUACCUGAAUGUCGACCCUCGCUACCUGGUUCAGGACACAGAUGAGUUCAUUCUGCCCACAGGCGCCAAUAAAACAAGAGGGAGGUUUGAACUGGCUUUCUUUACCAUUGGAGGAUCGUGCAUGACUGGUGCUGCACUUGGAGCUGUAAAUGGUCUCAGGGUGAGCCUAAAGGAGACUCGCGACAUGGGAUGGUCCAAACCUCGCAAUGUGCAGAUUCUCAACAUGGUGACCAGACAGGGUGCUUCAUGGGCUAACUCUCUGGGCUCUGUUGCCUUGUUAUACAGUGUUUUUGGUGUGGCAAUAGAGAAGGCCAGAGGAGCGGAAGAUGACAUCAACACAGUGGCUGCUGGGACGUUAACUGGGAUGCUCUUUAAAUCAGCCAGCGGCCUGAAGGGAGCAGCCCGAGGAGGUCUGGUUGGUUUAGCCCUGUCCGGUGCCUACGCUCUCUACAACAACUGGGACCACCUCACCGGCUCAUCGUCAUCCUCCAGGCUGUACUAACCCUCUCCCACACACAUCUGCUUCCACAUUAGGGCCAAAUAUCUCUCCAGGACACAGCCUUUAACCACAGCUAAGAGGAAUUAGACUCUGGUCAAAUGCAGUGUGCCUUACAGGGACGUACGAGGGUUGGUCCCAGUCCGCUGGUCCCUCCCCCGUAGCCACUUUCCUUCUCCAGGAGCAUUCUGGGGAUUGAAAAGAUGUGUUUGAAAAAGAAGAUUGGACUAAAUUCCACUGGGAACCCAGAUGUAUACCGUCCUAUAACAUCCCUCUCUUCAUUCGUCUUCAUCCUCGGAGGUGUUCCCGUCACUGAUCCGAUCAGUAAUGAGGAGAACCUGUGAGGAUGUUUUAUAGAGGUGUGUCAUUUGUUAUAAUCAUCGUCUAUGGGAGACUUAUCAGUCUUCUUUGAUGCUAGUUUUGAAAUCAAUGAACCCAUGGUAUUUGGGUUAACUGAGCCAAUUAGUAAGGUGACAUCUGGUGUGUGUGGUUAACCAGAUGAACAUCAGUGGAUUCACGCACUGAUUCUGGACUGAUUUGCUCUUCUGUUGUAGAAGAGCAAGAGAAGAGAUUCUCACCUACGAUGUACAAACAGAACUCGGCCGUACGGUCAGUUCUACUCAUGUAUUUAUUGAAACUAAUCUGCAGUGGUUUCACUGUAAAGCUGUUUAUGUGUCUCCAUCAACACGGCUGUAUUAAAAACAAUAAAAAAAUGGGAAAUGACAAAA